GGCAGUGGGGUGCUCACCUCCUCCCACACACACAGCUUGCUCCCACUGCUCCCUGCCCACACAUCAGCGUGCACGAGGGCACGGGGCCUGUGUCCGGGCUGCAGGAUGCGGCUGCUCCUGGAGGCAGCGGUUCUGUGCCUGACCCUGCACCUGGGACACUGCACCGAGGAAACCACACAGGAAAACACCGCCCAAACCUCCGACACAGAGUCCUUCCUUCCAGAGUGGGGCAUCGGGGCCAUCCGGGGCAGCUUCGAGACGGUUAACAGCUACUUCGACUCCUUCUUGGAACUGCUCGGAGGGAAAAAUGGUGUUUGCCAAUACAGAUGUCGAUAUGGAAAGGCUCCGAUGCCACGACCUCACUACAAGCCCCAAGAACCAAACGGCUGCAGCUCCUAUUUUCUGGGGCUCAAGGUACCCCAAAGUCUAGAUUUGGGCAUCCCUGCCAUGACCAAGUGCUGCAAUCAGCUGGAUGUUUGUUAUGACACCUGUGGGGCCAACAAAUACCGCUGUGAUGCCAAGUUCCGCUGGUGCCUCCAUUCCAUCUGCUCUGACCUCAAGCGCAGCCUCGGCUUUGUCUCCAAGGUGGAAGCCUGUGAGUCCAUCGCAGACACAGUGUUCAAUGCUGUUUGGACCCUGGGCUGCAGACCCUUCAUGAACAGCCAGCGGAGUGCCUGCAUUUGCAGUGAGGAAGAGAGAGACGAGCUAUGAAGCACAGCAGAUCCCCCUGGCCUCCACAAGCUGCUGCCAACGUUCCCUCUCACACAAAGCACCUCAUCACAGUGACUUCCAGCAGCCCUCUGGCUGAGCACAGGACGGGGGGAUCUGGGCCAAGCAGCACACAUCGGCUGCAGUUUUGGGGCAGAAGGCUGCAAAAGGGGAGGCAGCUUGUGCAAGCAGGGCAGAGAUGCCUGCUGUCCUCCACAGCUGCAGUUACACUGCCCUAUCCCUUUCCAGCUCUAACAGAAUGACCUGAUGCCAAUUUUCUCUGCAGACUGAUCUGGAAAGGCAGGCAGGAUAUAGCGCUGGUUAUAAACAAGGGGCUUCACUUGUUUGUUUGCCACUCUGCUAGCUUCCCCAGCCCCUUAACUUUCUCAUUUGCAGUGCAAGGCAGAGGCUUCUGCAGCCUCUGGCAAUCUCAGCCUGUGGCCACACUAUUCAUGUUUUUCCAUCUCCAGAGACUGAAGGAGAGGGGUGACUUGCACUCAUUGCAACGCUCACACGUACCCCUGACAUUUUCUGUUCUAUCUUUACACACUCUGACUACACUGCUUAUUUAAUACUCAGUGGAUCCUGAAACAAUGUAAAACACCCAUGGGUUUGGUAACCUGAGAAGGAUUCAGCGUGUUUGUGACACUGGUGUCUUUCUUGUCUGGGCAGAAGAGGACCAAAGCCCAUCGUGUCUCAGAUGUGCAGAGCACUAAUCCACAGCCCCUCUUACACACCUACAGCACUCUCCCACACUCUCAGGAAAGGGAGCUGCUUUUCCUUUUCAGAGACAUUCAGACUAUUUCUGUUUAAUUAUUUUCUUCCUGUAUCUUCUAGCAAGCUUUUCCUUCUGGAUCCCUGUUAACACUAAAUGGCUGAGUACCUACCUCCAUCUUUCACACAAAGGAUGUACAAGGCUCACAUUUAUCUUGGAUGAGACUUUCCAAAGCCUGGAUGCUUAUUUGUCAGAUGGCAGGGCUUACUUGCUACCUUGGUGGGACAGAGACACUGCCAGCUGAGAGAGAUCAGUCAUCUCAGAAGGCAUUGUUUAAAAAGUGGUUAAUACUUCCAUAUGCUAUUGGGAGCUUUUAUUGUGUAUAAAAUCAGAAUUUAAAGUGGUAAGCAGAAUUUCAUCAACAUAUAACAUUUACAGACAUCUUUCAUCUGUGUUUCUUGCUGAAAGGAAGUUGCUAUUGGGUGUGCAUGCCAUGACACAAAAAUUCUUCAGUUUUCUGCAAAUAUAUUUAUGGCUAUUUUCUUCCAGCUGUCACGGGAAAGUUAAGGCUACAGAAGGUAAUAUAACAAGAAUAGAAAGAGUCUGUUUUCAUUACCUUUCUUCUAGUUUGUAUUUAAAUGGAUGCAUGGAGCUAUAAAUUAUUUAAGCCCUGUAUUCCUAUACUUGCUAGUCGUCUUUGCUUUAUAGUCAACAGCAGUGAGAAUCAUCUGGCCCCAAAUAGCCUGCAACAACAAGAGUCCAAUGGUACAAAAACAGGGAAUUGGAAGAGAUAGUACGAGGUGCAUGGGGAUGUCUUCCAUAGAGAAGGACCUUCAUUUACUGUGACCAGCUGCAAUUACAUCCUUUCCUGGCUGUGCUAAUGCCAGUAGAGAGUGAAUACUGCACUGCCAAGUUUCACUGCAGCACACAUCUAUCAGAGCAUGAGGCUGGACACACUAAUUUGCCAUCUAAGAAAAACACUCUUUUGGCUAGAGAAGGGAAGGAAACAUCUCUCAUUCCAAACGCUUCCCAAACGUUGCAUUUCAUUAGUGAAAUCAUGCCUGUUGCCAGUUCUAAAUGUUAGCACUCUCUUAUGAUUAAAUGACACAAUUUAAAUAAUA